UAGCUGCUUGGCAACAAUCGUGGGAACCUGAACCCUUUCAUUCUAUUUCCACAUUACAUGAUGCUCAUUAUAAUAAAACUCCCAAUUCCUUACUUAACCUUCUGAUAGUCGCCGCAUCCCCGCGCCAUGAAUCGUUCGCCGGUGGCUUCAGGUCUCUUACCCAUGCCUGGCUCGCCAUCAUCGUCCUGGGCUCUCUACGAGACUCGGCUUACGUCCAUGUUCCGCAACGCCAACGUGUUAGUACCAGCGGCUUUCUGGCUCUUCGGCUUGAUCAAUAAUGUUCUUUAUGUCAUCAUCCUCUCGGCAGCUCAGGAUCUUGUCGGGUCUGACGUUCCGAAAGGUCUCGUCUUGCUCGCCGAUGUCCUACCCUCAUUCUUGACCAAGUUAAUCGCGCCCUAUUUCAUACAUAAAAUCCCUUACUGGCUUCGCGUAUUUAUUUUUGUCGUGCUCUCGUCGCUCGGCAUGUUCAUGAUCGCACUUACGCCGCCGGAUAGAUCUGUUCAUGUUAAGAUGGUUGGCGUCAUAUUUGCUAGCUUGUCGAGCGGUGCUGGAGAGUUGAGUUUCCUCGGCUUGACACAUUACUAUGGCCACAUGAGCCUGGCUGCUUGGGGAAGUGGUACCGGCGCAGCUGGUCUCGUCGGUGCCGGGCUCUAUGUUACACUCACUGACUGGAGUGGGUUCUCUGUCAAAGACAGCCUGUUAGCUUCGGCAUUCUUACCUAUCAUCAUGCUCAUCAGUUUCUUCGUGAUACUCCCUAAAGAACCGCUUCACCAAGGCCUAGCAAGGAAAGAGUAUCGCGUUAUAUCAAAUCAGAAUCUAGAGGACGACGCCGAAGACCAUUUAUCUUCGGCCAAUGCUACUUCUAGCCUUCUCCCGCCCGAGCCGCGGCCCGUAUCGCCAAAUAAUAACGCGCAUGAAUCGAAUAGUUUCACAACAAAUAUCCAACGAGCUAGAGGUUUAUUUUUCCCGUACAUGGUCCCAUUGUUAUUGGUCUACGUUGCCGAAUACACCAUUAACCAAGGCGUAUCUCCCACUUUGCUAUUCCCGCUCGAAUCAACACCCUUUAACGAAUAUCGGGAUUUUUAUCCCAUGUACGGUUUUUUAUAUCAACUGGGCGUUUUCAUAUCUCGUUCCUCUGUCGCAUUUCUUCGCAUCCGACGUCUAUACCUGCUAUCCCUUCUUCAAAUCGUAAAUCUCAUAAUUCUAAUAUUACAUACUCUAUUUCCCUUCCUCCCAAGCGUUUAUGUCGUUUUCAUCGUUAUUUUUUGGGAAGGUCUCCUCGGCGGAGCGGUUUAUGUCAACACAUUCGCCGAGAUCAUGCGGAAGGUCCCGAUUUCGGAACGAGAGUUUAGUCUUGGGGCGACCAGCGUCAGCGACAGUGCUGGAAUAUGCAUUGCUGGCUUCAUUAGCAUGGCAUUGGAAGCGCGACUUUGCAAUUGGCAGGUUCAGCAUGGGAGAGGCUGGUGUAAAAACAUACAAAUUAGCUGAAAGAUAGGAGUAGGGGCUCAUGGAACUUUGGUCUAGAAAGGCCGCAUACCUCUUAGAUACUUACGUCACCGUAUAAUUGGCCUUCAACCACUUGCAUGGAUGCUCCCCUUGGGAUGCCAUUGUAAAGUCCCGAUGACCAGUAACAAUCUGUGGUUGGUUAUCUGCUAGGUGGCUAGCUUCAUUGAAAAUUCCCAUGCCAACUCUGAUUCGGGCAUUGCCAUACCCAGUCCAAAUCCAUGUUCAAAGUGCCGCCAUUCCAUUGUGAAGGCGGCAAUAUCCUGACAGAUAUCACGUUAGCACCCAUCCAUAAGCCCAGGGAGAAGCAGAACGAUCCACUAGUAUGGUGGGUU